AAACAAAGACCAUGUCACAUGAUAUGUAAACUCAGUUAUACAAAAAAGUUCUGAAAACAACAGUGUUGAAAUAGAAAGAAAAUGGGUUUAAAAACAUGGCUAGCUGUGAUUAUUGUCAUCAUAAGUGUGAUAUUUAUUAUGUAUCCAGAACCAGACUUGACUCCUAAGGUGAUAGCAUGGAAAGAAGGAGGGAAGUAUUUUCAAUACAAAGGCUACCAGAUAUUUUACAGGGUGGAAGAUGGAGUGUCAAAGGAUGGGAGUACCUUACUUUGUCUCCAUGGUUAUCCUACAUCUAGUUACGAUUGGAUAAAGAUAUUGGAUGGUCUUAAAGAACAAUUUUCCAAAGUCAUCAUGUAUGACUACAUUGGAUUUGGUUUUAGUGAUAAACCUGAUAACCAUACAUAUACUAUAAUGGAACAGGCAGAUAUAGGAGAGAGAAUCCUAAAGGAACUUAAGGUCAAUAAAGUUCAUAUCUUAGCACAUGACUAUGGAGAUACAGUUGCAUUAGAAUUACUAGCAAGAUACAAUAAUAAAGAAAACAAAGACAGAAUUCCCGAAAUACAGUCACUUUGUCUGUCUAAUGGAGGUAUCUUUCCAGAAACUAAUUCCCCUAGACCCGUUCAGAAAUUACUUUUGAAUCCUUAUGCUGGACCAAUAGCCUCAAGACUUAUGUUCUUCUUUAUAUUUAAAAAAACCUUUGGUGAGAUAUUUGGACCCGAAACAGUUCCUAUAGAAGAUGACUUGUGGGACUUCUUUGUGAUUAUAAUGCACAAAAAUGGUCAUGUUAUUAGUCACAGAUUAAUGCAAUAUAUUACCCAAAGAACAGAGUUCAAGGACAGAUGGGUUGGUGCCUUAAAAAAUACACCAGUUAAAGUUCAUAUGAUUUAUGGCCCUGCAGAUCCAGUUAAUCCAGAUACUUUUAUUGACUUCUACAAGAAAUUAGUACCACAGCAUAGUAUUUCUGUUCUUGACCGUAAGAUAGGUCAUUAUCCACAAUGGGAGACUCCUACAGCAUUUAUUGAAGCUUAUUCAACAUUUAUUAUAAAAACCAAGUCAUGACUACCCUGAUCAUUUCUGUGGGUAAAAUGAUGAGAUGGUGUUAAAAACUUUUGUGCCAAAAUGAUGCAGCAAUAUUUUAAAUAUAUGCAUUCAAACAUUGGACUGUGAUAUUAAUUAGUUUUUUUAUAUUUCAUAAUAAAGUG